AUGGCAAAAAGAGUUUGUGUUGAUGGAGAAGACAUAAUAUCAGAAUUGCCUGUGCAUAUUAUUCAUCAAAUCUUAUGCCGCACUGACCUCGGCGUUGAAGAGGCGGCGAGAAGUUGUAUCUUGUCCAAGACAUGGUACGAUUGCUGGACUUCAAGACCUAAUUUGAUAUUCUAUCAAUUUGAUAUGACCCUUGAAAACUAUGUCAAGUUGGUUGAUCAAUCUCUGCGAUUCCACGUCGAACAAAACUUACAUCUUGAACAAUUCAUCCUUAGAUAUCGUGAUCCAGAAGUGGAUUCUCACGUGGAUACUUGGAUUGAAUUGGCGGUUAAACUCAAUGUCACAGAGCUGGGGAUUCACCGUUCCGGUUUAACAUCAUCAUAUAACUUACCUGAUGUUAUUUAUGAUGCUAAAAAGCUGACAACAUUGCAGUUAAGCAGGUGCAAUUUUGAAUUUGACGAAAGAUUUUCUUGUCUUGAGUCUCUUUCUUUGAAUCAUGUCCAUAUUUCAGAUGCCCAAUUACAAAGAGUUAUCGACAGAUGCCCAUCUAUCAGGACUCUAAGGUUACAGUGUUGUCAGGGUAUAAGCAAAUGUCAUAUUUUUGGCUUAGUACAUCUCAAGUAUUUCGAUGCUAGUUAUUGCAAACUCCAUAGUGUGAUAGUCCAAGCUCCAUAUCUUCAAUGCUUUAGAUAUACAGAACCUACUGAACAGGGUAAUCUUCAUCCUUGCCAAAUUGCUAUUUUGGAUGGUUACAAUACUUUACAAACACUCGAGCUCACUGGUGCCACCAUCACAGACCAACAGUUUCGAGAUGUAUCUUAUAAGUUCCCAAAUAUUUCAGAAUUGAAUCUAAGAUCAUGCUAUAACCUGAAAAAUAUAGAGAUUCAGAGUGAAAAACUCAAGAAAUUCACCUUAUUAGAGUUGAAGAGUCUGGAAAAACUCACGAUUCAAGCUCCAAAUUUAUUGGAAUUUGAUUUUCAUGGUAGUAAAAUGUAG